AUGGAAAAAAUCACUUUCUUUCUCCUUUUAACCCUCACUCUUUCACAAAUUGUUUCUUCAAGCCUUGACAGGAGCCAUAGUCAUGGUCUUAGCAAACUUUACUUAACUAAGUUAUUGAAAAAAGAUUCAGCCAUUGACAAAAAUAGCCAUUUUAGCUCAGCCCUUGAUUAUUUAGAAUUGGAUAAAGUUGUUCUUCCUCAGGAGGGAUUGAAACAUAAAGAUCGAAUCAAGAGAUUGUCAGGUCAACCACCAGUCAAAUUCAAACAAUAUGGUGGAUAUGUCACAGUCAACGAAUUUGUUGGUCGUGCAUUGUUUUAUUAUUUUGUUGAAGCUGAGAAUUCCAGGUCAUUGCCCCUGCUUCUUUGGCUUAAUGGAGGUCCUGGUUGCUCUUCAAUUGCCUAUGGAGCUAUGGAGGAACUUGGACCAUUUAGAGUCCACAGUAAUGGAAAGACAUUGUAUAGAAAUCACUAUGCAUGGAAUCAUGAGGCAAACGUAUUAUUCUUGGAAUCCCCAGCUGGAGUAGGAUUUUCAUAUUCAAAUACAAGUUCUGACGUCAAAUCAAAUGGAGAUAGAAAUACUGCCAUUGACAAUGUAAUAUUCUUAUUGAAUUGGAUCCAGAGGUUCCCAGAGUACAAAAAUAGAGAUUUUUAUAUUGCUGGUGAGAGCUAUGCUGGGCAUUUUGUACCUCAAUUGGCACAAACAAUUCUCCACCAUAACAAGCUUGCUAAGAAGACUCUUCUCAACCUAAAGGGGAUAAUGAUUGGCAAUGCAGUGAUAAAUUAUGAGACUGAUAGAAAAGGGAUGUAUGAGUACCAUGCAAGUCAUGCCUUGAUUCCAGAUGAGAUUUUAGAGCAAAUUGAGAGAUAUUGCAAUUUCUCAGACAAGGCCCUUCCUCAAUCACAAGAGUGCGACAAUGCCAUUGAUAUUGCUAUAGCUGAUACUGAACCCAUUGAUGUUUACAACAUUUAUGCCCCUUUAUGCUCUAAUUCCGAACUCACUCUUCAGCCCAAGAAAACUUCACAAGUGAUCGAUCCAUGCAGUGAUGAUUAUGUAAUUGCCUACAUGAAUCGUCCCGAUGUUCAAAAGCUUCUCCAUGCCAAUGUCACCAAAAUUAAGUAUAAUUGGCAGCCAUGCAGUGAUGUCAUAGAAAGUUGGACGGAUAGCCCAUUAACAAUAAUUCCUCUUCUCAAAGAACUUAUGGCAAAUGGAGUACGACUAUGGAUAUUCAGCGGGGACACUGAUGGAAUCGUACCAGUAACGUCGACUAAGAAAUCUAUUAAGAAGAUGAAGCUUCCAAUUAAAACAGCUUGGUAUCCCUGGUUCCACAAUGAUGAGGUUGGUGGAUAUGCACAAAUAUACGUAGGAAACUUGACAUUUGCUACAGUGAGAGGAGCAGGACAUCAAGUGCCAAGUUAUCAGCCUGCUAGAGCUCUUUCACUGGUUAAGCACUUCCUUGCAGGAACAGAGCUCCCCAAUUCACCAAAACACAAAAAUAAUAACGUAGUUAUAUAA